AUGUCUCUCUUUUCCCCCCGUGUCUCCCUUUCUAUCUUUUCCACAAUCUCGCCCAUGUGUCAUUUUCUUUUUCCCCGUGUGUCUCUCUCCUUUCCACUGUCUCACUCAUGUAUCUUGCUCUUUCCCCCAUCUUGCCUAUGUCUCUCUCCUUCACUCCCCAUCUCACCUAUAUCUUUCUCUCUUUUCCCCAUCUUGCCUAUGUCUCUCUCCUUCACUCCCCAUCUCACCUAUAUCUUUCUCUCUUUCCCCCAUCUUGCCCAUGUCUUGCUCUCUUUUCCAUUUGUCUCACUCAUGUCUCUCUCUUUCCUCCCUCAUGACCAUAUCUCUCUCUCUUUCCUCCCUCAUGACCAUAUCUCUCUCUUUUUCCUCCCUCAUGACCAUAUCUCUCUCUCUUUCCUCCCUCAUGACCAUAUCUCUCUCUCUUUCCUCCCUCAUGACCAUAUCUCUCUCUCUUUCCUCCCUCAUGACCAUCUCUCUCUCUCUCUCUCUUUCCUCCCUCAUGACCAUAUCUCUCUCUCUCCCUUCUCCCUCCCUCAUGACCAUCUCUCUCUCUCUUUUCCUCCCCUCAUGACCAUAUCUCUCUCUCUUUCCUCCCUCAUGACCAUAUCUCUCUCUCUCCUCACGACCAUAUCUCUCUCUUUCCUCCCCUCACGACCAUAUCUCUCUCUUUCCUCCUCAUGA